GCGUUACUUGAUGACUGCUACUUCUAAAGGUAAUCCUAGGAUUAGAGUACUUCGAGGAUAAAGAAUAAACCUCUGAUGGUAUUUGCAUAGUUAUGAUCUUUUGAAAGUUAUUAACUCCUCCCCACGGCGUUUUGACUGAGCAUGAGGUCGGUAAACUUCCGUGUUUCCCGUCUGUAGGAAAGAUCAAUUCUUUGCAGGUAAGGAGCAUGGUGAUUCGUUUCGACUGCAAAAUAAUCCCAAAGACCCUUGCAAAAUUUUUACUAAUGAGACACUUUACUGCAAGCUCAUUUUGCUGGUAGUAUCGUCGAUGCCUACUAGCUGAUGCUAUAAAAGUCUAUAUUUAGUAGGUUGCUAUAUAUUGGACAUGAAUAUAUUUUUGGCCUACUAAAUAUUCUAUUUUGUAAAUUCACUAUUUUUUAGACAGCUUCCACGUUUCGUUUUCAUUGUUUACUACUCCAACAUUUCACCACCAAGAGCCAAUAUCUUUUAUCUUAUUUUUUCUAUCGAGGAAAAUAAGGAAGAGAUACGAUUAUCCUAACCUUGGCUAUUGUUUUCCAUAUUCGUAACUCCAAGAGUUCACGAACUGAUCGUUUCUGAAAAUAAAUGGAUGGAUAUUUCAAAUUAUGUCGCAAAUUUUCAUUUUGACGAAAAACAUGCUGCCGCAUUUGAGAAUGCAGAUGUAAGUACCAUUGACCUCUUAACUAUUGAUGUUGAGGAUUUGGAGAAGCGAACAAAUUGUAAAAAAGAUGAACUCAUCCAAAUCAUCCAACAGGUUACUCUUUUAUUGAGACCGAAGAGGAAGGUUGCUUCACAGAUAAAGCAAUCCUUCUUGACGACGGGAGAUUUAGUCUUAGAUCAGAAGCUUGGGGGUGGCAUACCUGUUGGACAAUUGACUGAAGUAUGCGGCGAAAGUGGUUCUGGCAAGUCUCAACUAUGUAUGCAGCUUUGUAUAAUGGCUCAACUUCCUAGAGCUUUUGGUGGAUUAAAUAAAGCUGCUGUAUUUAUAUCUACCGAAUCUGGACUCGAAACAAAGCGCCUAUUUGAGCUAGCAAAAUAUAUACCGGACAGAUUUCCAGAAGCUGAAGAAGGCGAUGUAUUUAUUCGAAACCCUGGUGAUAGGGUAUAUACCAUCCUUUGUCCAGAUUUAGAGUCACAAGAGCACAUUAUUCAGUACCAACUUCCUAUUCUUUUUCAACGAGAGAGUAUAGGGCUAGUUGUGUUAGAUAGUGUCGCUGCUAAUUAUCGUGCUGAAUUAAAGUACAAUCGUUCAAAAAGUCAUUACACAGAUUUAAAUAAUAUUGCUAUUAGGGGAAACCAAUUGGGAAAGCUUGCAUCUAUACUUCGAGAUCUUAGCCGGCAGUAUGAAGCAGCUGUCGUUAUUGCAAAUCAAGUGAGUGAUCGUCUAACACGGGAUUACGAUGCAAUUGGAUUGUUUAGUUUGGAUUAUCAGUCACAAUGGUUUAACGGAUGGGAUGAUUUAGAUCCUAACCCUAAGAUACCUUCCUUGGGCCUUGUUUGGACGAAUAAUGUUAACACACGAUUAGCUCUCAUCAAGCGUGCCGACAGUGCAACUGUGAAGGCGAGAAGAAUACUGAGAGUCGUUUAUUCUCCAAAUGCUGCGCGGAUUGACGUUCCAGUAUUGAUAGGUUCUAUGGGUAUUUUUGUUCCCAAAGAAGAAAAAGACGCUUCUAACCCUUUAUUUUAAAUUUCAUUAUUUAAUUAUCUAUAGAAUACUUUAUUAUGUUGUUACUCAAUUAAAUUAUAACUAAGAAAAGUUUUUUCAAGAGAAGCUUAUUUGGUGGGUAAAUGGGUUUAUAAUUCUUUUACUUAUGAAAAGAU